AUUACAGUGCGACGAUUUUCCGUUCCAUUUCGUCUCCACUCACCCGUGUCUGCUCUAUACGAAUCGCAGCACUCUCGUCUGUCUCACCAGAAUUUCAGAUCGAUCGAUCGCCUUCUUUCUCGAGAGCAAAUGUUUAAAUUCUUGAAAGAUGUUGUCUCCGGAUCUGGCGCUGGCGUCAAAGAUUUGCCUUACAACAUCGGCGAACCUUAUUCCUCCGCUUGGGGCUCUUGGACUCACUCUCGCGGCACCUCCAAAGACGAUGGAUCCCCAGUAUCAAUAUUUUCUCUUACAGGAAGCAAUGCCAAUGAUGGACAUUUAGCUGCUGGGCGCAAUGGUGUCAAGCGGCUUCGAACAGUAAGGCAUCCAAAUAUAUUGUCAUUUCUCCACAGUACUGAGGCUGAGAUAUUUGAUGGGUCAUCCACAAAGGUUGUUAUCUAUAUUGUCACUGAACCUGUUAUGCCACUGGCAGAAAAGAUCAGGGAAUUGGGAUUAGAAGGUACACAAAGGAAUGAAUAUUAUGCUUGGGGCUUGCAUCGCAUAGCUAAAGCUGUGAGCUUCCUUAAUAAUGAUUGCAAACUUGUGCAUGGUAAUGUUUGCUUGGAAAGUGUGGUGGUUACUCCAACUUUGGACUGGAAGUUGCAUGCUUUUGAUGCUCUUUCUGAGUUUGAUGGGAAUAAUGAACUCUCUACUGGACCAAUGCUGCAAUACGAAUGGCUUGUUGGCACGCAAUACAAACCAAUGGAGUUGGCAAAAUCAGACUGGGCAACAAUCAGGAAAUCUCCACCAUGGGCAAUUGAUUCUUGGGGUUUAGGCUGUCUCAUCUAUGAGAUUUUUGCUGGGUUGAAACUGAGCAAAACCGAGGAGCUACGAAAUACAGCUUCAAUACCAAAGUCUCUACUUCCAGAUUAUCAGCGGCUCUUGAGUUCUAUGCCUUCUCGCAGGCUGAAUUCAUCAAAGCUUCUUGAAAACUGCGAGUACUUUCAGAACAAGUUGGUGGAUACCAUUCAUUUCAUGGAGAUACUUAAUUUAAAAGACAGUGUCGAGAAGGAUACAUUCUUCCGGAAACUUCCAACUUUAGCAGAGCAGCUGCCUCGUGAAAUUGUUCUCAAAAAGUUUCUUCCUUUGGUAGCUUCCGCCUUAGAAUUCGGUUCAGCUACUGCACCUGCUUUGACUGCGUUUUUGAAAAUGGGUGCUUGGCUUUCACCAGAAGAAUUCAACAAAAAGGUCCUGCCAACAAUUGUGAAGCUUUUUGCUUCCAAUGACCGAGCUAUUAGAGUUGGACUUCUGCAGCAUAUUGAUCAAUAUGGAGAGUCAUUUUCUGCCCAAAUAGUUGAUGAACAAGUGUAUCCACAUGUUGCUACUGGUUUUUCAGACACAUCUGCUUUCCUGCGUGAGUUGACUCUUAAAUCCAUGCUUGUUCUUGCUCCAAAGCUGUCACAACGCACCUUAUCUGGGUCACUUUUGAAAUAUCUUUCAAAGCUCCAGGUGGACGAGGAACCAGCAAUCAGAACAAAUACCACAAUACUUCUUGGGAAUAUUGCUACCCAUCUUAAUGAAGGGACACGCAAGAGAGUGCUGAUUAAUGCGUUCACUGUUCGUGCUUUGCGUGAUACAUUUCCUCCUGCUAGAGGAGCAGGUAUAAUGGCUCUGUGUGCCACAAGCUCUUAUUAUGAACCCCAAGAGAUUGCAGCUCGUAUACUGCCAAAUGUUGUUGUACUCACAAUUGAUCCCGACAGUGAUGUCCGGUCAAAGGCCUUCCAAGCAGUUGAACAGUUUUUGCAGAUAGUUAAGCAGUACCAUGAAAAGACAUCUGGUGGGGAUAGCAGCGAGGGUAUGGGGUCCACAAUUUCAUCACUUCCAGGGAACGCAAGUAUACUUGGAUGGGCAAUGAACUCUUUGACAACAAAAGGCAAACCCUCGGAACAAACCACACAAGCAGUGCCUCCAAAAUCCACCUCACCUCUUGUUUCUGCUGUCCCCAAUGCCGCCAUUACAGUAGUAGCAUCACGUGCACAUACCCAAAGUACAACAACACUAGUCCGAGGUGGAAGUUCAGAUUAUGGUGGUGACAUGGCGGAUCAACCUGCACCGGUGUCACCUACCUCGACUGACGGCUGGGGUGAGCUAGAGAACGGUAUCGGUAUUCAUGAAGAUGAAGAGAUUGAAAAAGACGGGUGGGACGAUAUGUUGCCACUAGAAGACGAAAAACCGCCACCUGCACUUGCAAACAUCGAAGCAGCUCAAAAACGGCCUGUCAUACACACAAAACCACAAGGAUCAAUUCCUCGGCCGAAAUCUACAUCACAUGUGAGCAAAGAUGCAGAUGAUGAUUUAUGGGGUUCAAUAGCUGCCCCUGCCCCUGCCCCUGCCCCAGCUCCUGCCCCAAAAUUGGCGUCAAGAUCUUCAAAUUCGAAUGUGAAAGCAGCAGCAGGAGGAGGGAUUGGUAGUGGGAGUGUUGUUGAUGAGGAUGAUCCAUGGGCUGCUAUUGCAGCACCAGCACCAACCACAAGGGCAAGGCCUUUAGCAGCUGGGAGAGGAGGAGGUAGAGGAGGAGGAUCUAAACCUGGUGUGCCAAAGUUGGGUGCCCAGAGGAUAAACCGGGCUGCUUCAACGCAGAAGUUUUGAAAUAGAUAACUGUGAUUUUGUUUAUACUUCAAACUUAUUUCGGUUUUUAGGUUGAAAAGUUGUAUAUUUGUUUAAAAUAAUCUGUAUCCUUCCUUGCUCA